GUGAUUUUCUUUAGGGUUAGAGUUACCCAGACCUCCAAUUGGAACUUUAAAAACGGGUUCAAAAAGCGCUCCCUCUUUUGACAGCGUUUGUUGUGGGAACUGAUAUUUUGAUGCAGCAACAGGGUUUUCCUUUGUAGUGUUGUGUUCCUUGCUGUCCGCCCCUCCUGACUCACUUUUUCAGCUCAUCUUCCUGCAGAGUUGAUUGUGAGAUUGCAGGUCGAGAGAAUGACCAUUCGAGUGUACUGCUCGUUUGGUGCUGUUUUAUUGUGCAUGUCUGCAUGUUUGAGCACAACAGACGCUGGAGUCGUAGUGUCCGGUCAGUGUCCGGCGACGUUGACGGUCGAGCCGUCCCAUCGAGGAUGCACUUCUGAUAGAGACUGUUGUGGAGGACACAAAUGCUGUCCAUUUCCCUGUGGUCCUGUGUGUGUGCCGCCUGUUUUCAUGAAGCCUGGAGCCAACCCCCCGGGGCCUCCGGUGAAGCCUGCAUCUGAACCCCCCAAGCCUCCGGUGAAGCCUGGAGCCGAACCCGCGAGGCCUCCGGUGAAGCCUGGAGCCGAACCCGCGAGGCCUCCGGGGAAGCCUGGAGCCGAAACCCGCGAGGCCUCCGGUGAAGCCUGGAGCCGAACCUCCGAGGCCUCCGGUGAAGCCUGGAGCCGAAACUCCGAGGCCUCCGGUUAAGCCUGGAGCUGAACCUCCGACGCCUCCGGUGAAGCCUGGAGCCGACCCCCGGAGCCUUCCACCGAACUGCCUGAAGCGGAGCCUUCCACUGAACUGCCUGAGCCGGAGCCUUCCACUGAACUGCUGGAGCCUUCUGACGAGUUCCCCGC